AUGGCUCCCUGCAAACCUCGUACAUUCACUGCCGGUCAGGAUCCGCUCACCAAAUUUGAUGGAGCUAUUUCAGUUCGUAAUCUGCCCCGGCCCACGGACCGCUUUUUUCUGUUUCACGGUAUCAUGAGGCCAAGUCGUGGCAUCUAUGCCAAGCUGAUCGCGACCGGCCAAAAGCCCCCCACACAUUUCCACCCCUCCCAGUGGGAAUUCUUCCGCGUUCUUCGCGGGAAUCUUACCAUCGAGUUCAAUGGCGAGCUGGCAGUGCCUCCCUAUACCCAUCAUGUCAUUUAUGGAACCCCAGGGACGGAGAUGAAUGAGGUAGAGUUUAUCGUGAGUGCCAGUGAUCCUGCGGCGGAGGAGGAGGGUGCCACCAUGAUGGAUCAGCCGUUCUUUGAGAAUUGGUAUGGGUAUCAGGAGGAUGUUUUUCAACGGGGGGAGAAAUUGGAUUUUGUGCAGGUCCUUUCGAUGUUUGAAGCCGGAGGCACCUAUCUAUCUCCACCGUGGCCGGUGGAUCGGUGGGCUGCUGGGUUUUAUCCCGAGUGGACGACCGACUGGGAGGCCGCUUGCGAGCUGAUGCAGCAGAGCCGGUUCCAACGUCGAUUUGCGGAUCCACAGGCACAGCAACGAGCACAAGAAAGGUUUCGUGGGCAGUUGGGGGAGGAGGCAUCUGCCAAGGGGGAGAAGUCGGAGUAA